CGCGCUACCCGGAUAUUCCGCCCGGAUACCUGCCACAGGCCUACCCUUCAGGCGCGGUGCAGUCUUUUCCUCACGAUGGCGACAGAUUUAUGGGAUGACUUGGCAAGCAUUGUUGACGCACCAGACUCUUUCGCCAUAAAGGGGAGUGAUAAAGGCAGCGUCAAGGCCAAAGCAGAUUUCAAUGCUGGAGAGGAUGUUGUGGCUUUGCGCAAAGCUAUUGAGGGCUUAGGUACAACAGACAAGACACUGAUUGACAUACUGUCUCAUCGAAGCAGCAGCCAGCGUGAAGCCAUCUGUAAAGCUUAUCUUGCGGCCACCAAUAGAACUCUGGUAGACGAUCUGAAAGGUGACACCCAUGGCAAUUUCGAGCGUCUGCUUGUAGCUCUUGCUACUCCACCAGACGUCUAUGACGCCCAGGAGGUGAUGCGAGCAAUGGAAGGCGUUGGAACAGAGGACAGCACCCUAAUUGAGAUAUUUGCCUCUAGAACUAAUCAGCAAGUCAAGGCGCUCGCCGCUGCAUAUUUGGAAGAGACGGAGAGAAAGUUGACCUUUGACCUGAAAAAGGAAGUCUCUGGACAGUUUGGCGAUGCCCUUCUCCUUCUGGCUCAGGGGAAUCGAGAUGAAAGCAUUGCUGUGGAUCAGAACAUGGUCAAAGAAGAUGCCAAGGCUCUAUAUGACGCUGGAGAGAAGAAAUUGGGGACUGACGAAGACAAAUUUAUCGAGAUCCUCUGCAAACGAAGCAUACCUCAACUACGGCAAACCUUUGUGGAGUACAAGGAAAUCAGUGGAAGGACCCUUCAGAAGAGCAUAGAGAGAGAGAUGUCUGGUACCCUGGAGGAACUGUUGGUGGCCAUCGUGAAAUGUGCGAAGAAUGUUCCAGCAUACUUCGCUGAGAGAUUGCAAUACAGUGUGAAGGGUGUCGGAACAGAUGAGAAAACGCUGACCCGGAUCAUGGUCUGCCGCUCCGAACUAGACAUGCUCGACAUCAGAACCGAGUUUAAAAAACUUGCAGAAAAAUCCCUUCAUGAUGCCAUUGAGUCGGACGUGUCGGGGAGCUUCGGGGAUUGUUUGAAGAUGAUUUGUGGAGGGGAGGACUGACACAAAGUUGAUUGUUGAAUCGAAUGAAUGAGUGACUUUCUCUGAAAUUCAAAAAAUCUUUCAAUAUGUAAUGGCCACUCCUGCGAGGGUCAGUCUAGCACUACAGCGAUGCAGCAUGGAAUAGUAGCUGAUGUCUAUCUCAAGACACUCCAGUGGAUAUACUGUACCUUGAGCUUAAACAUUAUAUAAUGUUGUUGAAAAUGUCAUUUUGUACCAAAUGCCUCUGUCUUCUGAUGAAGUGUCCUGGUACAGUACUAGCCUGCUCAUUCUAUUGUCUUUUCAUUUACAGUCAGACACCCACGGUAAAUAUAGGAAAACUCUGCUGAAUAUCUGUGGAGGAGAUGACUUUUAGGAGGGACUGUGCAUGUAGGAUGCAGAGGUUGUUUUUGUUUUAUUUUUUUAUUUUUUAUUUUACCUGCUGGGUGUUUAUCACCAUAGAAUACAGAUACAGUAAUGUGAUGCAAUAACAUCAGUUAUUCCUUUGUAUUUAUGGGAUUUCUUUGUAAAAUAUAACUGAAAUAUGAAUAAAACGUUUGAACAAGAAAGACUGAUUUAGAAGCAUUAUUGUUACCACCUUGUAUUAUUUUUAUAGACCAGCAUUAUUGUUACUCUAUAGGUUGUAUAUAGGCCUAUUACAAACGCAGUAGCCAUAAAAAAAUAAAAAAUAAAGAAUUUAGGCCUACACGCCAAUCAUCAACUCUGCAUGCGAUGAAUUGAAGAAACCCGCAGUUCAUACA